CCCCCUCUCUGCACACGCUCAGUCUUCGUGUCAGCGUGGAAGCCGCAGCGCUCUGCUGCUGCAGACGGAGACAGAAAGGAGAUCCUCCUCUGCUCUGAUGCUCCAGAUGAGCGGAGCGGCUGCAGCGGCUCACAAAGCGGCCAGCACCGACGGCGACAUGCAGGCGGCUCCGGUGGCUCCCUCCUUCCACCCCAGCCAGUCGACAGACAAGAUACCAGGCAGGAAGAGGGGCAGACCCCCCCUCCGCAAUGGUAGCAAGAUUGAUUUUCCAAACCACUACUCUGAAGUACUGCCCCCCCUUAAAGUGCCAAAAAAAAGGGGGAGAAAGCCGGGCUUCAAGCUCAAAGCCCGGAUGCUCAUGACGCCGCUGGCGAUUUCUCCGCCCAGCAGCACUCCGGAGCCGGACAUGAGCUCCAUUCCUCAGGACGCCGCCACUGUCCCACACUCUGCCACGCCUCAGGUGCUCACAGUUUGCAUCUACAUCAACAAGCAGGCCAACAUGGGUCCCAAUCUGGACAGGAAGAAGAUCCAGCAUCUCCCGGACCACUUUGGGCCCGACAGACCUUCGGUGGUGCUGCAGCAGGCCGUGCAGGGCUGCAUCGACAGCGCCUUCCAGCAGAAGACGGUCUUCACUCUACUCACGCAGGGCUACGGAGGAGAGAAGAUAUCAGCCACGUUUGACGGGAAGCAGCAUCUUCUGAGUCUGCCCGUGGUGAACAGCAUCGACUACGUGCUGCGGUUCCUGAAGAAGCUCUGCCGCAGUUUGCACUGCGAGAACCUGUUCAGUGACCAGCCCUUUGCCCAGCGCAGUGGUGGAUCGUACCACGCAGAAGAAGGCUCCAGGACGGAGGACUUCCACCAUGAGCAGACUGACGGUAAACGCUACUCUGUGGACGUGGGGGACCCUCCCUUCAACUCCAUCAGCUCCUCCUACUCCCCAAAGUCCUCCUUUGGGUUUCGGGUUCUGCCAGCCACCAGCCCAAAGACGUUUCCAGAGGGGAACCGGACAGGUUACAACGCCUUUCCAGAUCUCCAGGACUCCAACGUUCCACGCAGCAAGGACCCGUCCACGUGGUCCGUGGAUGACGUGGUUUGGUUCAUCAGGGAUACGGAUCCUCAGGCUCUGGGCCCCCAUGCCGAUGUCUUCAGGAAACACGAGAUCGAUGGAAACGCGCUGCUGCUACUGAAGAGUGACAUGAUGAUGAAGUACCUGGGCCUGAAACUCGGCCCGGCAUUGAAACUUUGCUUCCACAUCGACAAACUAAAACAGGCAAAGUUCUGAAGUUUUACAGAAUCCAGAAGGAGAGUCCAAAGGGGCGGAGCCUCUUGGUUUGGGAUCCAAUCAGGAGCCAGCCUUGUGAGCCUUCAGGAGGUCUGAUUGUUCAAGAUCCUCAAAUGUCUAGAGGACAAAACCAAAUGGUUUGUGACUCUGAAGGUUCCUUCAAGGACGGGGCAGCAGAGUCUCCUCCUUUCAGACUCACAGCUUGUUCAUCUGUGCAUGGAAACCAGAAGAUCGUCUGCAGCGCUUUCAUUCAGGAAAACAUUCAAACUCUCUUUGAUGAGCCAAAAUCAUCAAAUCCCACUUAACAGAUUUCACUUUGUUAACCGUCUGAAGUUCACUUGCUUAAACGCUCCGAUCUGCUUCUGAGCUACUUUGAAAACCUACCGGCGAUCUUUUAAUGAUGACUGUUGUGUGGAGUAAGCCUCUGCUCAUUUCCCAUCAUCCAUCUCUUUACACUCUCUCCUGCUAGCUUACAGCCCCUCACACCAAACGGCAGCAACAUCAGAGCCAGUUUGGAUCCAGAUUUAAACACAAAGACGCUCAUGGAUCUAUUUGUCUGCAGGUGGAUGAUCAGAAAGGGGCGGAGCCGGAAGACUUUGGCCCCGCCCACCACAGUUUGUAGUAACAACUACAAGCUGCUUUAAACUGCACUGUUUCGUCUGUGACUGGAAUAAAGAAAGCUAAAUUUUCUUAAUCUCUGUCCUCCAUCAUCAGAAAAAACUCCAAGAACAUGUUAAGAACAUGUUAAGAACAUGUUGAGAACGCCAAAAAAGCAUUUUCAUCUGAGAGGAUCCAAAAAUUCACUUUUGGAUGGGAAAAGGAUUGAGAACU